AUGGCUUCCAUAACUCUCUAUGUUCUUCUUAUCAACUUCCUCUCCAUCCUCUGUUGUGCAACAGCACACACAGAGCCUCAUCCUCAACACAAAACAUACAUUGUCCAGCUAGACAGUGAUCUCCAAAAACCAUCACCUUUCCCCACUCAUGAACUCUGGCACUUAUCACUUCUGCAAUCCUUAGCCGACCCCAUAACCGACCAAGAGUUGUUCCUCUACAGCUACACCCACGUUCUGCAUGGGUUUAGCUGUAGAUUGACGGAAGCUCAGCUCUCCGAGAUAGAGACGUGGCCAGCCCACGUUGCCACUUAUCCGGUGACAUACGGCGGGAAGCUUCUCACUACCCACACUACAGACUUCUUGGGGCUGCGACAUGAUUCGGGGCUGUGGCCGAAUUCCUCCUACGGUGAAGGGGUAAUCAUAGGGUGGAAGGGGCAAUGCGAAGAGAAAUACGACUUUAACUCUUCGUACUGCAACCGAAAGCUGAUCGGGUCUCGGUUCUUCCUAAAAGGUUCCGACAGUAGCCACAAUUCGGGAGGCAUCUUGAAAGUAAGCCAUGGGAGUCAUGUAUCGUCGACGGCUGCGGGCAACUUUGUCCUCGGCGUCAGUUAUGCCGGUUAUGCGAAAGGCACGGCCAGAGGAGUUGCUCCUCGUGCCCACAUAGCAAUGUACCAAGUGGACCCGGAUUCAGAUGUCCUUCCUGCGGAAGUGCUAGCGGCAAUUGACAAAGCAAUUGCAGACGGGGUUGACAUCAUCUCCUUGUCCAUCGGCUUCGAGGGUUUAUCUUAUGAUCAAGAUCCGGUCGCAAUCGGCGCCCUUUCUGCUGCCGAGAAGGGCAUUUUCGUGGCUGCCGCCGCCGGCAACAAACCAGCAGCAUCUCAUCUUCUCAACGGACCGCCGUGGAUCACAACAGUCGGAGCCGGGACCAUCGAUCGAAGUUUUACAGCAAGUAUGACCCUGUCCAACGGAGUGGAAAUGAAGGGAUAUUCCUACUUUCCCCUAGACAUCUCUACCGUCGUCGAUGUUCCCUUGUACUACCGAAAGGGGAAAUCUGGAUGUGAAGCUUCCUCGCUGAACCGCUCACAAGUUGCAGGCAAGAUGAUACUCUGUGACAACUCCAUCAAGGAAGAAAUCUCACUUGAGUUGGUUCCAGCUCUUAACCGAUUGGGGGCUUUUGGAGCAGUUUUGAUCACUGAUCGGCCCGCCGAUUUGUUAGAGCCAGAGGAUUGCUCGAUUCCCUUGAUAGCUAUAUCUCAGAGCUCAGGGGAUUCGGUAAGGAAAUUUGUAAUUGACAACCCAGGAGCCAAAGUACAGAAUCUGCGCUUUCAGUCGACAGACAUUGGGGUCAAACCAGCUCCCCAAGUGGCGAGCUUCUCCUGCAGAGGGCCGGACCAAUUUCACCCGGGGAUACUGAAACCGGACAUUUUGGCUCCCGGCUUUGAAAUCCUGGCGGCGUUCUCCCGCAAGCUGCCAUACAUGUCUCUCGGGAGAUACAGUCUGAUGACCAAUUACGGCAUUCUCUCCGGCACAUCGAUGGCGGCCCCACACAUUGCUGGUGUUGCAGCUCUUCUGAAAUCCGCCCACCCUGAAUGGAGCCCAGCUGCAAUUAGAUCGGCCAUGAUGACGACGGCUUACGCGGUCGACAACACGGGCCAGAGUCUGACGGAACAGUUCACGGCGAUUCCAAUCAGGAAAAUUGAGGUGGAAGAGCUGAACUAUCCUUCUCUCACCGCCGUAUUCAAGUCCAAGAGCAGAGCCGUGGAGUUCAGCAGGACCCUGACGAACGUGGGGGGCGACGGGAGGUCGGUUUACAGAGUGUCGGUGGAGAAUGCCCCGCCAGGGAUGAGAAUCGAGGUGGUGCCGGAGACUCUGGUGUUUCGUCACAGGAAUGAGACCAACAAGUUCCAUGUCCACCUGGAGGUUGAAGAAGGAUCCCCCGCGGUGUUGUACUGUUUCCUGCGAUGGAGUGAUGGAGACGGCCAUGUGGUUUCCAGCCCCAUCGUCGCCCUCACUCUCGACGAUCACGGCCAGUGA